CAUGGGGCCCAUUGCACUUGCCUUCCCGGUGAUCCACUGUAGCGAGUUCUAGCGUCAACCCUGGGAUGGCGGGAAGGGGAAAAGGAGUCUUCAAAUACCUACCUGCCUAGGUAGGUAAUCAAGCCGUGUGGCAGUGUCAAUGGAAAUUGUUCGGCGGUCGACGACCAACUUACCCAGACAGGCGCUGUAAGUGAGCGCAAUCUUCGACUGUCUCGACUGCCCUGAUGCCGGUGUUGACUCGUCGAGUGAACAACCCACCCCUCCCCGCUUUGGCUGGCUCGCCGAAGACUGCGGGGUAGCUCCUAUGCCAAAGCGAACCUCCCUAUUGGCGAUCCCGUCCCACUCGACAUGGGAGGACAGCAAUUGCCGGAUACUAUCCGUAUGUUGUUUGCCAAUGUUUGGAAGGCCUCGAGUGCGUUGCUCUCUCCAUCACUGUGGAUACCUGUUUGGUUCGCGAAUAGGCGCCCGAAUAGAGAUGCACCUAGAAACCGGCUUCAUAUCCCAGUAACACAGGCCACAAGGAGCAAACCUACAUGCGGACUUUGCAUCGUUUGGAAGGCCUCGCGUGAAGUCUCCGGUGCCGGCACACCGGGGUGCGGUGAGGUGGCCGGUUGGAGUCGAAAUCCACACCCGGAGGAUCUACCGAACCGGCCUGCUGCCGAAAAGGUACGGAACACGCUACAGUGCUUUCGGAUUGGAUGCUAUGUCCGGCUGGUACUCCCUCAAACUGCUUCACUCUUCACAGAUUGCGAUUAUAUGACAGCACUUAUGACACUGAAACUUAUUAUCUCGAUGUCCACCUUCAGCGCACUUAUUCCCCUUCUCGCCGUGCUAUAUGAGCCAAACGUGAUGUUGAGGUCUUCUCGUCAAGUGCUAGGUUAAGCUGCGCCAACGACAACAGUCAGUAAUUUGACGGCAGGAGGAAACAACUCUACAAACUGCCUAGACGGACCAUAUUUAUAUAUAUUUUACCUUAACAGGUUACGUGAGCGUCAGAAGGCCCCGUUUAUUGCAUGAAUGCCCCUCAUCUAACGUGGCCCAAGCUUGGGUGCAC